AUGCCAUUUAGACUGUUAUUUGGAUACUGAAUAUUGAUAUUCUUCUUCUUCUUCUUAAUAAAACAGAAUAAUUAAAAGAAAUAUUGAUAACAUGUGUAUCUUGAUAGAUCGAUAUCCGGUUUUGUUUGCCUACUUCUGUAUGUCUGUGUCUGUGUCUGUGUCUGUGUCUGUGUCUGUGUCUGUGUCUGUCUGUGUUCUUCAUUUAAAGCAGUCUAAAUCGAUAACCACUGUAAAGAUGAUGGUUGAUAAGGUCGCCGAUUCAAAUGACGUGUGGGUAACUCUUUUGAUCGAUGGAAAGGAGGUCAAUGAAUCAUUGGGUUGCAAAAAAAAGAAUCCCAAACCAUGGCACAAAAUUAAGUCUAAUUCAGGAAACCAUCGUUCAAAGCCAUAAAUCAAUUCAAUCAAUCGAUCAAUAUGCACAAACACAACAAUGACAUAUCAAAUCAAGGGACCAAGCAAAGUUUAUCUGGAUCAUGAUAUGCUUUAUUGUUGGAGAUGGUCUUGAUAUGGGCUAGUUUGAGCCUAGUUGCCAAAUAGACGAAUUUCAUCAUAGACUAAGCUUGAAACAUCAAAUGAGGAUGAUCAGUCUUUCAUCAGUCUUAAUUCUCUUGAAUUUUUUCCUCUUAUCUUAUUAUCUUAUUAUCUUAUUAUCAGUUAAAUAAGGUAGAAUUUCAAUGGGAUAUUUUGCAGAAAAUUCAGGUCAAACAAGAAAAAAAAAGUGGCUGAUGAAAUCUUAAUACAGUGUUUCUACUUGACCCAUUUGCUUUAAUUU